GAGGAGUCGUCUCUUUCUUCAGUCCCCGACUCUCUGUUUCCCGGUUUCCUCCAUCCGAGUCUGCGAGAGACGGAGACGAAGAGAUGGUGAACGUCAGCUACUACCGCAAUUAUGGAAAGACCUUCAAGAAGCCCCGUCGCCCUUAUGAGAAGGAGCGUUUGGAUGCUGAACUGAAGCUGGUUGGAGAGUAUGGUCUCCGUAACAAGCGUGAGCUCUGGAGAGUGCAAUAUGCUCUUAGCCGCAUCCGUAAUGCGGCUAGAGAUCUUCUCACUCUCGACGAAAAGAAUCCCAAGAGGAUUUUUGAGGGAGAGGCCCUCCUUCGUCGUAUGAACAGAUACGGUCUUCUGGAUGAGAGCCAGAACAAGCUUGAUUACGUCCUGGCUUUGACUGUUGAGAACUUCCUUGAGCGCCGGCUUCAGACUCUCGUCUUCAAGUCUGGUAUGGCGAAGUCCAUCCACCAUGCCCGUGUCCUCAUCAGACAGAGGCAUAUCAGGGUUGGGAAGCAACUGGUGAACAUACCAUCGUUCAUGGUGAGAGUGGAUUCUCAGAAGCACAUAGACUUUGCUUUGACAAGUCCCUUUGGCGGUGGCCGUCCCGGUAGGGUCAGGAGAAAGAACGAGAAGGCUGCCUCCAAGAAGGCCUCUGGCGGCGACGGAGACGAUGAGGAUGAAGAGUAAUUUAGGCCUUCGGUUCAGCCAAACCGGUUCUGGUAUUGAAGAUUUCGGUUUAUCUGCUAUGGUUACAUUGCACUUGGUUAUGCUCAUUCGCAUUGUUGUUAAAUUUUGACGUGUUUCUUGCAAGAUUGUUCUCCUCUUUUCCUUUGAAAAAAUUAGAUUUUGUUUA